AUGUCACGAAAUCAGUUCGAGCUCAUAAGAUUGAAAAUAAAAUAUUCGAAUAACACGGCUAAUAAUCCGAAUGUUAAGGGAUGGCGAGUUCGUGCAGUGUUGAAUUUGUUCCAAACAAAUAUUCUCCAGUAUGGACACUUUCAAACUGCUUUGUCCAUAGAUGAAAUGAUGGUAAAGUCAUACGCGAAAACUAGCUUGAAGGAAUUCAUCAAGGGCAAACCGAUAAGAUUUGGAUUGAAAAUAUGGGUCAUGUGUACUUCCAAUGGGUAUCUUCUAGCUUGGGAUCUAUACUGCAUAAAAAAUAAUCAAAUAGGAGACAAUUUACUGACGAAAUGUGCAUUGGAUUUUAGAGUGGUGAUGAAGUUACUGCAAAACUUACUGCACGUAACGGUUCCUCGAAAAUUUGUCCUCUAUCACAUAUACUGUUACAACUAUUUUACGAGUUUUUAUUUGAUUUUGCAUUUGAAAAAAAGAGGAUUACGUGCAAUAGGCACCAUCAGAAAAAAUCGAGUCAAAGUAAAAACCGCAAUUGAUAAGAAGACAGCGAGAAGAACGUAUGCAGCGAAAUUUGAUCAGAACAGUAAAAUAAAUUACAUCACUGUCAUGCACUCGAAGGAAGUGUCUAUAGCUUCUACUGCAGCAGAUGUUACUUCCCAUUCUUCACUGAAGCGUUAUAGUUCUAAAGAGCGUUCGACGGUUCCAUAUUAA